UGGUCUGAGGAGCCCUCUCUACGUUUCCAGCCCAGGAGCCAGUAAGGUCUGGACUACGAUUGUUCUGCGGCUCGGUGUCCCUGCCUCCCGGCCCUCCUCUCAGCCUCAAAUAUUCUCUCGCGAGCGCCCUCGGGAGCCGCAACUCUCUUCGCUCUUCCCUCCCCGAGCGCCUCCGGUCUCUCCGCGCCUGAGCUCGGAGGCGGCGGCGGGGACGCGGAGCCGGGCACGAGGCCGAGGCGGGGAUGAUGGAGGGGACUCUACCUCGAACUGGACUGAACCGGGGACAACUACAGUGCCGUAACCUGCAGGAGUUUUUGAGGGGUUUGAGUCCUGUAGUACUAGACCGACUUUAUGGUCACCCAGCCACCUGCCUGGCUGUCUUUAGGGAACUCCCAUCCUUGGCCAAGAACUGGGUGAUGCGGAUGUUGUUUCUAGAGCAGCCAUUGCCCCAAGCAGCAGUAGCCCUGUGGGUCAAGAAGGAAUUUAGCAAAGCCCAGGAGGAAAGCACAGGAUUGUUGAGUGGUCUCCGUAUCUGGCACACCCAGUUACUCCCUGGUGGCCUCCAGGGCUUCAUCCUCAAUCCUGUUUUCCGACAGAAUCUUCGUGUUGCUCUCCUGGGAGGGGGGAAGGCUUGGUCAGAUGAUACAAGUCAACUUGGUCCAGACAAACAUGCUCGAGAUGUUCCAUCAUUGGACAAGUAUGCAGAAGAAAGAUGGGAGGUGAUCCUGCAUUUCAUGGUUGGCUCCCCGAGCGCAGCUGUCAGCCAGGACCUGGCCCAGCUACUCAGCCAGGCUGGACUCAUGAAGAGUUCUGAGCCUGGAGAGCCACCCUGCAUUACGUCUGCUGGCUUCCAGUUCUUAUUGCUAGACACACCUGCCCAGCUUUGGUAUUUUAUGCUUCAGUAUUUGCAGACUGCCCAGAGCCGAGGCAUGGAUCUGGUUGAGAUCCUGUCCUUCCUCUUCCAGCUUAGCUUCUCCACUCUUGGCAAGGAUUAUUCUGUGGAGGGCAUGAGUGAUUCCCUUCUUAACUUUUUGCAACAUCUACGAGAGUUUGGGCUGGUAUUCCAAAGGAAGAGAAAGUCUCGGCGCUACUAUCCAACCCGAUUGGCCAUCAACUUGUCAUCAGGUGUUACUGGUGCUGGAGGUACUGCUCAUCAACCAGGCUUCAUUGUUGUGGAAACCAACUACCGGCUCUAUGCCUAUACUGAGUCAGAACUUCAGAUUGCACUCAUUGCCCUCUUCUCCGAGAUGCUCUAUCGAUUCCCCAAUAUGGUAGUAGCCCAGGUCACUCGAGAGAGUGUGCAGCAGGCCAUUGCUAAUGGUAUCACAGCCCAGCAGAUCAUCCACUUCAUGAAGACAAGAGCACAUCCAGUGAUGCUGAAACAGACCCCUGUACUGCCUCCCACCAUUACAGAUCAGAUCCGACUCUGGGAGUUGGAGAGAGACCGGCUUCGAUUCUCGGAGGGUGUCCUCUACAACCAGUUCCUGUCCCAGGUGGACUUUGAGCUGCUGCUGUCGCACGCCCGGGAGCUCGGGGUGCUGGUCUUUGAGAACACAGCCAAACGGCUUAUGGUGGUGACGCCGGCGGGGCACAGUGACGUCAAGCGGUUUUGGAAGAGGCAGAAGCACAGCUCCUGAGCCACGACUUGGGCCGGGGGCGCCGCCGCCGCCCCUCCUCCCCAGAGGGGACUGGUGAAUGUUUUUUCUUCUAGGAAGAGAGGGCCUCUUGCCCAUCCAGCCUCAAUGUCCCACUUGUCCUUGGCCCCUCUUCGGAACAGGAUUUGGAGUCUGAAACCCUACCCAAGCGUCCCCUGGUCUCAUCCUUUCUCCACUCAACCUUAUCCUCAUGGACCCUCUGUGCCCCAAAGGAAUCGUGAACAGAAACAGAAGCGGCUUCGAGAAAAGCAGAGGGCUUUGGACAAAGAGAUGGCAGUGAAUAGCAAGCUAUCAGUAAAGCCUAGUAAAAGCUGGAUUGCUAAAGAGACAGUGUUAUAUGAAAUCCCUACAAAACCUGGUGAAAAAAAAGAUGUCACAGGGCCCAUGCCUCCUACAUACAGUCCACAAUAUGUUGAGGCUGCCUGGUACCUUUGGUGGGUUCAAGAGGGAUUCUUCAAGCCAGAAUAUCAGUCCCAGCUGCCUCAGGCUACAGGGGAGAUCUUCUCCAUUUGCAUUCCACCCCCCAAUGUCACUGGUUCCUUGCACCUUGGCCAUGCUCUUACUGUGGCCAUACAGGAUGCUCUUGUGCGCUGGCAUCGGAUGCGAGGGGACCAGGUACUGUGGAUCCCAGGUUCAGAUCAUGCUGGCAUUGCUACUCAGGCUGUGGUAGAGAAACAACUAUGGAAGGAACAGGGAAUAAGGAGACAUGAACUGAGCCGAGAAGAUUUUCUAAAGAAAGUAUGGAAGUGGAAGGAAGAGAAAGGUGGUGAGAUCUGUGAGCAGCUACGAGCCUUGGGGGCCUCUUUGGACUGGGAUCGAGAAUGUUUUACUAUGGAUGCUGGUUCUUCAGUAGCAGUGACAGAAGCCUUUGUCCGUCUGUAUGAGGCUGGCCUAUUAUACCGGGACCAGCAGAUUGUCAACUGGUCAUGUGCUUUGAGGUCGGCCAUCUCGGAUAUUGAGGUAGAGGGUCGGCCCCUGCCUGGCCGAACAGAAUUCUGCCCUCCAGGCUGUCCCCACCCUGUCUCCUUUGGCCUCCUCUUUUCUGUUGCCUUUCCAGUAGAUGGGGAUCCUGAUACAGAGAUUGUAGUGGGGACUACACGGCCGGAGACUUUACCUGGUGAUGUAGCUGUGGCUGUUCAUCCCGAUGAUCCUCGAUACAUACACCUCCAUGGGUGUCAGCUCCGUCAUCCACUAAGUGGGAAGCUCCUUCCCCUCAUCACUGACCCUACAGUCCAGCCUGACCUGGGCACAGGUGCAGUGAAGGUGACCCCUGCCCACAGCCUUGUUGAUGCUGAUAUUGGGGCACGACACAAGCUGAUCCCUGUGAAUGUCAUUGGAGAGGAUGGAACCAUGGUUACCCCCUGUGGGGAUUGGCUGCAGGGUCUUCAUCGAUUUGUGGCUCGUGAAAAGAUUGUGUCUAGGCUUAAGGAACAAGGAUGUUUUCGUGGCAUUCAGGACCAUCCUAUGGUACUCCCUAUCUGCAGUCGUUCUGGAGAUGUGGUAGAAUAUCUUCUCAAAAACCAGUGGUUUGUGCGAUGCCAGAAAAUGGGGGAACAAGCUGCCCAGGCUGUGGAAUCGGGGGCCCUAUGUCUCAACCCUCCCUUUCAUCAGAAGAAUUGGCAACAUUGGUUUUCUAAUAUCAGUGAUUGGUGUGUUUCCCGGCAGCUGUGGUGGGGACAUCAAAUUCCAGCAUAUAGGGUUUUUGGAAAGGAGGGAGACAUUGAAGAAUGUUGGGUAGUAGGUCGAUCAGAGGCUGAGGCCAGAAAGGUAGCUGCAGAACUCAUAGGGAGACCAGAGAAGGAGCUAACUUUGGAGAGGGACCCUGAUGUUUUAGACACCUGGUUUUCCUCUGCACUUUUUCCCUUUUCUGCUCUGGGCUGGCCUCAAAAGACUCCAGACUUAAAUCGGUUCUACCCCUUGUCCCUGUUGGAGACAGGCAGUGACCUUCUGAUGUUCUGGGUAGGCCGAAUGGUUAUGCUAGGGACCCAGCUCACUGGACAACUUCCGUUUCCCCAGGUGCUUCUUCACUCCAUGGUUCGGGAUGGGAAAGGCCGCAAGAUGAGCAAAUCUCUGGGAAACGUACUUGAUCCCAGAGAUGUUAUCAGAGGAGCAGAGCUACAGGUGCUACAGGAAAAGCUGAAAGAUGGAAACCUGGAUCCCAGGGAGCUACAGAUUGCUGCUUCAGGACAGAGAAAGGAUUUCCCUCAAGGAAUCCCUGAAUGUGGUACAGAUGCCCUGAGGUUCACACUCUGUUCUCAUGGAACACAAGGGAAUGACAUAAACCUAUCUGUUUCUGAGGUCCUGAGCUCCCGCCAUUUUUGCAACAAGAUCUGGAAUGCCAUGCGAUUCAUCCUUAAUGCCUUAGGAGACAGAUUUAUACCCCACCCCAUUGAAGAACUGUCUCCCUCAUCUGCCAUGGAUACCUGGAUCCUCAGCAACCUGGCCUUCACUGUUGGGGAAUGUGAGCGAGGCUUCCUAACACAAGAGCUCUCUCAUAUCACCCAUACUUUGCACCACUUUUGGCUCCAUAAACUUUGUGAUGUCUACUUGGAGUCAGUGAAACCUGUGUUGUCAAGGUCACCCCAAUCCCCUGGAUUACUGCAGACUUUAUACUCCUGUGCAGAUGUUGGACUUCGUCUCCUUGCCCCAUUCAUGCCCUUCCUGACUGAAGAGCUUUGGCAGCGAUUGCCUCAUGGACCAAAUUGCGCCUCAGCUCCAAGCAUCUGUGUUGCCCCCUACCCCUGUGCCCAAAAUCUGAAUCCUUGGUACCAACCAGAAUUGGAACAGCGAUUUGCUCGGGUUCAAGAGGCUGUAAAAACACUAAGGGGGCUCAGAGCCAUGUACCAACUCAGCAGAGUCCGACCCCGAGUGUUGUUGCAAUGUUCAGAGCCCAAAGAACAGUACCUCUAUGAAGAUUUCCUGGAGCCACUGGGCACUCUGGCCCAUUGUGGAGCUGUGAACUUCCUACCUUACAAUAAGGCAUCUCCCCAAGGCUGGGCCCAGGCCUCACUCAGCAAUACCACCCAGGUCUACAUGGAGCUGCAGGGCCUGGUGGACCCUUAUCUCCAUCUUCCUGUCCUGCUUACCAGAAGACAGAAACUACAGAAACAACUUGAUAGCCUUACUGCUUGGACCCCAGUUGAAGAGAGUCAAAUGAUGAAUAGAGAGCAUAAGGUCUCUUCCCUCCUCAUGGAGCUAUCAAAGUUGGACCAGGCAACAUCUUACCUCCAAAAGCUAAUGGAUACAAUUCCUACAAAGCCAUGAAUUCCACCUAUAUGUCUCUUUUCUCUGUCAGACCUGUCUCUGGGUAUUGAUGGAUCAGAGUGACUAAAUCCUACAAGAAUCCUGUGGGACAUUCAUAAUUGCCAUAUCUUCCCUCCACAGUCUUUUUUUUUUUCUUUUUUUUUUUUUUUUUUUUAACAUUUUC